GCGCAAAGUAAAUGGCGGCUCUGGCGGUUCUAGCACCGGAGGCGGCUUCUUGGACACCCGGCGUUCGCGGGAGCCUGAGGCGCUCGGUUGCUAGAGCCUUAGCUGGGAGUGGCGUGGCUGCUUCCCGCCUGCGCAGGACCAGGCCGGCCCCCGCGGAGCUCAGGGCCUGGACCCGCGCUCCCCACCCAGAGCUAGGGAAACGGGAAAAAGAGGCACAAACUCGGAAGCCGCAGUACGGCAAGAGCCUAAGCAAAGAAUCCUUUCCAAGCAUUCACACCUUGUCUAUGCCAGGGCACCGCCUGGGCCUACGGCCUUCGCAACCUGAAGCGCCCGCAGCCCAGAACUGGCAUCAGGCCGGGAAGGUCGUCGCAGGCCCCAGAGUGCGGGCACUGGGGGCGCGCGCCUACUGGCCGCCCGGGGCUGGGGAGGCAGGAGGCAAGGACGCCGGCAGGCCCGCGGCUGUUUCCCCUCGGUCCCCUCGGCCCGCGCCGCGGACCCGGGAGGCCAUUUUGAGAGCGCGAAGUGGGGCGGCAAGAUGGCUGCGUGGGCACCCGGGAGGUCACCGCGCCAAGGGCCCGCCGAUCCCCUCCUCGCACUCGUCCAGCCGCGCGGCCCACGGAAGCGGAACGCGCGUCGAGCGCUCCCUGCCUGCUCGCCCCAGACAGAUGCCCCGUUAUUCAUUACCCCGAGGCCUAGAGGAGCGAAUGGCUGCCGUCUUCCUGCCCACAGCCAGCCGGACCCUCCGUCGCGGCUGCCCGGUCCCCGGAGCCGCAGCUGCCGAGCCCGGCUGUGCGUGUCGUGGCUGCUGGGGAGAAAGGCGUCCGGACAUCCUCUGGAGUCAGAAGACAGCAAAAAGAGAAGCAGAAGCCCCGGUGGCAAGAGUCCAAAGGGAGAAAAUAACCCAGUUUGGGAAGGACAAUUUAAAAAGGAAAAAUAUUAGGAAGGAAUCACUGUAACCUGUGGAUUGUACUGCAGUAGGAAACUAUCCUAGCAAGGCUCCACUUUGCCCCAGCUUCAAGCUGGAAAGGAGGAGAACAUGAAACGUUGCUUGAAGACAAUGGCCGAGACAGCAGGUCCCACCCUGCACAGCCGCCAACAUCUCUUCCCUCAGCCUUGUCUCUUCUUCUGCAGUUGGGAUCUGCACAUUUAAGCCUGAAAUUGUCCUGUGAAGUGAAGUAUGAUCGGACAGCCUCUUUUCAGCUUUUAUGAAAAUGGAGACAGAGGAAUUGUGGCUCUUGCCAAGGUCACAGGAUUGGAACACAGAGCCAAGCCACCCCAGGACAUGCAAGAGCCUCAGAAGGGAAAAAGCCCAGCAGGAAGGGAGAACAAGUAGCCUCUGUUCUGAGGUUGUAACAGCCAGGGACCAGGAUGGAGGAGGAGGACCCCGUAAUCCUGCCCAUCUGGGACUUGGCAGGGGACCUGGGAAAAUGUACCCCAACCCAUCCCUCAAGGGCCUUUGCCUUUGGCCCAUUGGCCUAGCA